AUGGUCAAACUCAUCAAUAUAUUUGUCUUCAGUGCUCAGCUUCUCUUCAUGAUUCCCCCGAUACAGGCUCAGGGAUUGGCAGGGCAAGGAUCUGGGGUUGCGGGUGCUCGCUUUGGCCAAGGCUCAGGAUCCAGAAAUGGGGUUGGUCGUGGCUGUUGUUACUUCGAAGAGCCGGAGUCUGAUUAUGAGCCUGAGCCUGAGACUGAUGUUGAGUGUAAACCACAGUGUCCUUCGGCGCAUGAGAAGACAUUUCAAUGCAAUGGCAGAAAAUAUAAACAAUUCUGCGGCGUUCAUGUCGCUACACCUACGCUGAGAGAAUUCGACGUCUCUUCGUACCAGGAAUGCUUCGACAGCUGUGUCCAGGAAACUCAGUGUCACGCUCUUGAUUUUAUGAACAACCAUUGCUGGCUGAAAACGCAAGGUGUUGACCCGCCCCCCAAAGCCAUGCCUAGUAAUCAGGAUAUCAGCAUCAUCUUCCUUUAA